UGCCAGAUCAUCACGCUGUCUGUUCUUUAUUUCUUUUGCACUCGCGCACAGACAGACAUGGCACGACUAGAUGUCACGGAAACCUUUCAUAGCAUCAUGUUCCCUGGGCACAUGCAUACUAAAGACUCACUGAAUUACGCGACCAACUUCGAGUUUCAGGACACAGAUACUGUAAUUGUCACCUACCCAAAAUCAGGAACCACAUGGAUGCAGGAAAUCAUCACUCUAGUUUUGAGUAAAGGGGACCCGACUAUCGCCCAAACUCAACCCAACUGGGCCCGUGCACCAUGGCUUGAGCAGUACUACUGCGACGAUGUUCUAAAAGCCUCUAACGGACCUCGUGUUAUUACGACACAUCUGCCGUACCACCUGCUGGCACCGGCCCUGCAAAAUUCCAAAGCAAAGGUUAUAUAUGUAGCCAGAAAUCUCAAAGAUGUGUCUGUUUCAUACUAUCACUUCCACAAGAUGGCCAAUUUUCUGCCUAACCCUGGCACAUUCUCUAAUUUUCUGAAUCAUUUCCUGAAGGGUGCAGUGCAUUACGGCUCUUGGUUUGACCACGUCAAGGGCUGGACCAGCCAUGCAAAAGAUAUCCAAAACUUUCUCUACAUCGAGUAUGAGGAAAUGUGUCAGGAUCUUCAAGGGUCUGUCCAGAAAGUGAGUGGUUUCCUUCAAUGCCCUUUAACUGAGGAUGAGCUGAACCUUGCUCAGAAGCACUGCAGCUUCAAUAGCAUGAAGGAAAAUGCCAUGGUGAACUACACUCUCAUCCCUCAAGAGAUCAUAGACCACAGCAAGGGCAAGUUCAUGAGGAAAGGUAAAGUGGGAGACUGGAGGAAUACAUUCACUGAGGAGCAGAGUGGUCUUGUAGAUGACGUGUACUCUUCACAGAUGACAGACUCCUCACUGCUGUUUAAAUGGGAGUGCCUUGAGAAGACUGUUAGGCCCUUAAUGAGCUUUAAUACUUCAGAAUCCCACACACCUAGAACUGUACUCGCAUAACUUCCAUAAACAUUAUUCACAUUUCACACUGAAAUGCCCAGUAAGUGGGUAAGCUAAAGUAUUUCAAUACUUUCUGCUUUUUCUAAAUGGUAAUAUAACUGUAAAUAUGUAUUAAUAUAUAAAAACCUUUAGCCUGAGACCUUAAAAUAGAUAGAAAUGUUGCAUUGUUUACAUACUAUAUUACUAUAAGUAUAGUAAAAUAAAAUGAACCAAAAUCUAUUUUCAUGUGACAUCCUGGUUGUGUAUUUUGCAAUAUAAUGAAUUCAAUUGUAAUUUGAUCAAUCUGUUUAUAUGUGGUCUUGACGCAUGAUGAUUUAUAUAAACGUACUUUACAACGUC